UGCCCUGAGUUGGGCGCCGAGUGUGUCCGCGAUCUGUUCAGUGAAAUCACGUGAUUGAUAGCUUCAGUGACUUGCAACAGUUUUAGUCAGUUCUUCCGUCAACAACUUUAUUGGAGAAGACAUCAAAACCAUGGCCGCCAACCACUCCAUGUCAUCAACAAAAUUGGUUUUCACCAGUUUCACGCUGAUCACGUUGCUGUGCGUUGUGAGCAGUGUGUGCGGAUCACCGGCACCCUUGAAGCCUCCAGGGUUCCAUGACGGAGCUAGUAUAGCAGGAUAUGAAGAUCUCGAGGACAAAUGCAAUACAGUAGAGAGCGUUCAGAUACUUUGUCAAACAUGUGCUAAAGUGACAAAGUCGGAAAUUGUCUACCCUAUGUGCUGUACGAAUAAAGAAGACGCAAGGAUAUGGUGCGACAGAUACACGAGCUUCGGGAUCCAAUAAAAUCAGGGAAAGACAGCGGACACUUUUCAACUCAAUUGAAUUGAUUAGUAGCUCAAUUUGAGAUGAACUCCAGGUUCUAAUGAAAUUCUAGGAGCUGAAAAUCAAGUUCCAGUUCUCUAAGUAGAUUAAACAAACUUUGAUUGUUAAUUUACUAUUGCAAUUUGAUCAAUUUCAGUUUUAAUCAGACCUAGAAUAUGAGUAGCCUAAGCUUGGCUGGGUUGUAAACAAUGAAUUUGCCCUGCAAGUUACUAAAUAUAAGACUGAUCAAUCUUUGUCAUUGUUAUAAUCUUAAUCAUUGAAACUUCAUAAUACUUUUGUAAAUAAUUUUUAUGUUUUAAUUGAAUAACUGACGUGAGAAACAGACGUGAUGUGAUCAAUUAGCUUAUAAGAUCUUUUCAUCUUUUCCAUCGAAAAUCAUAGCCUAUCAUUUCAAGGCACUGUACUCACACAAAACAAAUUAAAUUUAUUGUGAUGCUAGAAUUUGUUUUUGUAUGCAAUCAUUCACAUAACAACAUAAACAAUACAACUGAAUAUAUAUCAUAAUGAACUUGAAUCUUAUCUCUCAUGAAUCAUUAUCAUAGUUAUAGGAUGGAAAUCCACCUUCUCAUAUAAAUAAAUUCAAAUAUGUUUAUUCAAGUUAUGAUGUAUUUUUCACUAUGUCUAUUUUAUGUCUAGGCUACAUAUUCCUGGAGAAUAAUAAGUCUUUUCACAAACUUCACCUCAAUAAUAUCAUAGAGAAACAAUAGCAUAAGCAAUAAACAUAAAAACAUUGCAUAAACAAUAGCACUUACGCUAUUGUUUCUCUAUGAUACUAUUUAGAAUAUAGAUCAUAAGCUAAUUAGUAGAAUCUAUUAUCUUUACAAUGAAUGAUAAUUUAAGAAUAAAUUUGUUUUACCAUGUGAUAUGUUGUGAUUGUGAUAGUAAGUUAUAGAUUAUUUAAAUUAUAAAUGACUUCUGAUUAAUAGUAGUGAUUUACCAAUAAUAAGUGACAGACAGUGAUAAUUAGAUUAGUGUCACAUAAGAAAAAAGUCAUCCUCACUGUAUAAAAAUGAAAAUUGUCAAUCAUGGAAAAUCAUUAUUCUAAUCCAUUCUCAUUUCUUCAAUAUCAUUUUUAUACUUUGAUAUGUAAUGAAUAAAAAAUUAAUUGAUAUAAAUUUGUGAGUGGAAAUUAAUUUGUUAUCUGCAUGGAAGUUGUGUACCAAUAAAACUCUGUUUAUUUAUA